AAAAUGGCCGCCUGAGAUCGAUAAUUUGUAAAGUUGUGUUUUUCUUGGAUUUUGUAAAUAAAAAUGAGUUUUUAAUGCUCGAAAUUGAUGUUAAAGUGAUUGUAAAUAGUGCGGAUGUGUUUGGAGAAAAGUGCGUGCGUUUUUUGUGACGAUCUUGCGCGUAAUUUGACUUUAAAAAGUCUUGUGUAUAACACGGAAAUCUUAGCUGAGAAAAUGUGAUCAACACACAACAAAUAAAACAAGAAAAUCAUCGAACAAAAUUUUUCGAAAAAAUCUUUUUCGAAAUUUUUAAGUCCUGUACCUAAUCUUAGAACAUGGCGACGACUACCACAACAGGAGAAAUAAGGGUUGGUCCUGCGAGUCAGGUAAAAGACAUUUAUGCUCGAUUACCGGAGUACAGACCCGGAGUACCACCGGAGCAGUUAUCUCCGGACCCGGAAAACUCUAAAACAAGAGAGGAAUUAAGAUGGGUACCGGCAAUGACGAUGGACAGUGACUUAAUAAUGUAUUUAAGAGCUGCAAGAAGCAUGGCCGCCUUCGCUGGUAUGUGCGACGGCGGAUGCCCGGAAGAUGGCGCCAACGCUGCUUCAAGGGACGAUACUACAAUCAAUGCUUUGGAUGUGCUACAUGAUUCAGGGUACAACCCAAGGAAAGCCUUACAAGCUCUAGUAAAGUGUCCUGCUCCUAAGGGAAUCGACAAAAAAUGGUCGGAGGAAGAAACCAAGAGAUUUGUUAAAGGUUUAAGGCAAUUUGGGAAGAAUUUCUUCAGAAUCAGAAAGGAUCUUUUACCACAUAGAGAUACGCCGGAAUUGGUGGAAUUCUACUAUCUUUGGAAAAAAACUCCGGGAGCGAAUAACAACAGACCUCACAGAAGAAGAAGACAGGGCUCGCUGAGAAGAAUACGUAACACUAGAAAUAGCAGAGGAGGUAAUUCAAACAAUUCAGGUAGGACAAGUGGAGGUGCGCCCCAACCAGAAGCCCCUUCCCCCCAACCUGGGGGGAAAGAGCCAGGGGAGACAAGUUCCGUUACCGAGGAUGACAAUUCCGAAGAUGACAGUGACAGUAGAGAGGCACAGUACAGGUGUUCUCACUGCUUUACUACUAAUUCUAAAGAUUGGCAACCUGGGGGUAAGAAUGGACAACUUUUGUGUUGGGACUGUAGAUCGCAUUACAAGAAGACAAAUGAACUACCGCCUGUGGUUGCUCCCUCUGCAGGGACUAAUGGAAAUACCGCACCAGCUGAGAGCCCAGACGCGUCCCCGCAGCGCAUGCGCACUCGAAACAAGGCUGCGAAAGAACAGCCCACUAAACCGUCUCGGCCAAAAAGAGGAGGCACCGAAACCCCGGAACCGAAAACGCCCGUCAAACAAUCCACGAACAGUUCGAACAACUCUUCUUCCGGGGAAAAAGGUUCCGGCAACAACAGCUCGAGCACGCCGGCGAAAACGAAGAAGACCAAGGAGAAGAAGGGCGAAGAAACGCCCGGCAAGAACAGAAAAAGGCAGCAAGAGAAGGUCGAGGACGAAGAAAAGGAGGAAAAAGAUCUCGGGGUGGUUAAAAAGAAGAGGGAAAGGCCUGAGAGCCCUUCGAGUCUUACUACAGAUUCAGAAACUAUUAAUGACGAACCUGACGCCCCAGAACCGGACUCCGAAUCUCUGGACAACUCGGCAACGCCGCAAGCGAGCUCGCCACCUACGUUCGGCAACGGCGCGGCGAGUGCUAACCUGACAACGCCGCCUGUCGUCGCCGCAGCCAAUAACAACAAUCCGCUGCCGCAAGACACGCCCACAAAUAAACAAAACACAGUGAAGGUGGAAGUUAGCGAGACUAUCGAGAGAGGCGCUGACGAGAAAAUGGCAACGCCGCAGGUGCCUGCGGUGUUGCCGCUUAUACCCAUAAACAAGCCGAUUUCCGAACCUACUGCGCCAUUGAACGUUUCGAUUCGUCUGCCUGAAGAUAUAAACGAUAGAAAGAAUUUAAUUAAACGCAAUUUAGAACCGGUUUUGGACCUGAAAGAUCUGAAAUUCAACCCAGAAAGCGUUAAAAUGGAAGUCAAGAAAGAAAAUCCUGCCAUCAUCAAGUCUGAAAGUCAACCUAAGAUUGAAAAGGAGAUUUUAAAAGAAGACAUAAAAGAAUCGUCCAGUGAAAAAUACAAAACUGAGUUGAUAAUUCCUAAAGUAAUAUCAAUGGAAAAAGUAAUAAUCAAAGAAGAGUUAGAUUCUAGCAAUGACGCCAUCAGCGUCAACUCAAAAGAAGAUUCCACGAUGUUUAAAGAGAAUGUGUACGGACCUUUAAAAGAUCAACAAAACAUGUUCAACAUCAAAGACAUUAACCACGGCGCGCAAAAACACCCGUUGGGCCUGAAGGAACCGCAAAUCGAGCGAAACAUGGAGCAAAUCAUCAACAUUAAUCAUAGUCUGAAGCAAGAACCGUACAAUUUCAAUCAACCGCCGCCUUCCAGUAACCUUAACAAAGAAUCCGCUCAGCAGCCAAUCAAAAUCGAGCCGCGCGACGAACCCAUCGAACUGACCAGCAACAGAGGCGGCGACGUGGCAACGCCGCUCAUUCAACCGCCGCAACCGCAGCCCACUUUGAAUAUACCGCAGGUCGUGCCGCAGAGCCAGCAGAUGGCGUCGUCGGAUGGUAGUGUCGUGAACAGUGGUGGGGGUAACGUUAGAGGUGGCGCCGAUGGAGGUUACGAAGUGGAGGACAAGAGGUUGGAGAGAUUGGACAGGCCUGAGAGGUUGGAUAGACCUGAGAGGCACGAUUUGAUGGCGGGUGCUACAAGUAUUGGUCAACCACCGCUCCCAAGCCUGAUGCAAUCCAGCAACCUGGUGACGAUAGGCGGCUCCGGCCAGCAACCGCCGCCCCCGCCGAUGGGUCACUACGGCUUCAUGUACCACCCGCAGUCGCCGUCGCCCCGCCAAAACAUCGACGCGAAACCGCCGCCUCCGCACAGCCAACCUACACCGCCACACGUUCAACAGCCGCCCGCGCACCACCCCCAGCAGAGCGCGCAGCCGCCGCCGAUCCCGCCGCCGAUCGGCUUGCAGCAAAACGAACCGCAAAACUUGAAGAUCAAGCAGGAGGUGCGGGAUUCCUCGCCUCUCGGUGCGCCGCCGCCGGCGAGGGACGGGCACCUCGGCGUCAUGUCUUCGCCCUACGGGGGCGGGCAGAUGCCGCCGUCCGCGCAGCAAGCGGGCGCGAUGGGUUUGCCGCCGCCUUCGAGCGGUUUUCAGCCGCCUUCGGUGGGCGCGCAUCCGUUGCAACCGCCGCCACUGGCGGCCGAUCCGUUGCAGAGUCUCAAGGAUGUCAAGGUGCCCGGCUAUCUGCCCCCACCCCCGCAACAGCCGUCGAGCUCCGAGCGCCCUCUAUCCUCCAACAACCGAACAUCGACCCCCACCUCGGACGCCAUCAAAAAGGAACCGGAAUUCUCCCAGCAGCACCACUCGCAAACGACGUCGUCGUCGUCGUCGAACCCCUCGCCCGCGCAAUCGUCCUCGGAAAAGUGCACCACCCCCAAAACGACCAGCAGCACCCCCACGCCCAGCGUAAACGUCAGCCAGACGCCGCCGCUGCGAGGCAGCCCGCACAGCGCCAUCAACUUAAUCAGCCCCGGCGGUCCGCCCAUCAGCCUGGCGCAGAGCAUGCACCACGCCGGAUAUCCGGUCUCGAGCGGCAUGGGCCCGCCGCCGCACCUGGUGCACCCCGGGUUCCUGCACGCCAUGCACCAGUUCCACGGGCACGGGUAUCCGGGCUACGCGUUCGGAUAUCCGUAUCCGUAUCCGGUGCACCAGCCGAUCCCGCCGCCGAGCAGCAGGCAGGACGUGGUCAUGCAGCCGAAGAGUAUCGACACUUUGAGUAGCACUCUGCACUCUUCGCAGCACAGCACUACGAGUUCGUUGACUACAAAGCGGGAGACUAGGGAACCUGUUGACGACGGCAGCGAGCGGCACCAGACGCACGAAAUGACGCUGACGAACCACCAGAGCACCUCUCACAACAGCUCGAUACACGCGAGCAUGGAAAAGCACAACUACGGCGGCUCGCACUCGAUAACAAUCUCGCACUCGACCUCUACCAGCUCGUCGCAGAGCCUGCAGCACAAGGUGAACCAGAAGACGACGGUGCGCUCGUCGAACAGCCCCGGCGGGCACGGCAGCGUCUCGCAGACCACCACCUCGAACAUCAACCACUCGUCGAGCAGCUCGGGCGGCGGCCAGCACAGCCACACGCACCACCACACGCAUCACCACGCGGACAGGCUGAGUCCCGGCAGCGCGAUGCUCAGGCACAAGGUCGUGCAGCAGGCUAAUCCGCACCAUCUGAUGAUACAGCCGCCCAAUAUGGGACAUCAUCCCGGAGCCUUGGGACCUCCAAUGGGCAGCUCACUCGAAGCCCUAAGAGCCCACGCACACGCGGCCCAGCAGCAGCAGGCUGCGCAAGCGCAACAAGCCCAGCAACAACAAGCCCAAGCGCAACAGCAAGCUCACCAGCAAGCCCAGCAGCAGCAGCAACAACAGCAGGAGAGAAGCAUGCACCCGCCACCCACAUCGCCCAUGACGUCAUCGUCGCAACCGCUGCAACUUCAGCCCGUCAAACUGCCACCUAGCGACGAGAUCGUGAAGAUCGAGCCCGACCCGGAGCCCGUCCCGGAAGAGGAGGGACAAGUCAGCCCUCCGGGACCGCCCAGAGGGCCUUCUCCCGAACCCAGGAUAGAGGACAAUGAGUGUCACAGAAGUCAGUCCGCAAUAUUCCUUCGUCACUGGAACCGAGGCGACUACAACUCGUGCACGAGAACCGACCUAACCUUCAAACCGGUGCCCGACUCGAAGCUGGCGCGGAAACGCGAAGAGCGGCUGCGCAAGCAGGCGGAGCGGGAGCGCGAGGAACGCGAGAGGGCGCAGCAGGCGCAACAACAGCAGCAGCAGCAGCAACAAAGGAAGAUCGCGACGCCGGAGAAGCCCGAGCCGGGGACCAAACCCCCCUCCAGGGGGAUGGAGGCCGUGGGAGGACCCUACGACCGGUUUCCCAGGGCCGGUUUUGCGGACACGCCUGCUCUGAGACAGUUGUCCGAGUACGCGAGGCCUCACGCUGGUUUUAGUCCUGGUCAACACAUGCAACGGUCUCUUAUACCGCCCGGCCAUGUCAUGGACCCGAUGUUGCAAUACCAACUCAACAUGUACGGUCCCGGCGCUAGGGAACGUCUGGAACUCGAGCAUUUGGAGCGCGAGAAACGGGAACGAGAAAUUCGUGAGCUGCGAGAGCGCGAAUUGAACGACAGAUUGAAGGAGGAGAUAAUGAAGAGCGGCAUCAGGGGCCCCGGGAAUCCCAUGGACCCUCACUGGAUAGAAAUGCAGCGGCGGUACGCCGCCGCCAGUCUGGCCGGCCCCGGAGGUCCCGGUGGUAUACCUUUACACUUUGCCUUGUACCCGGGAGCCGGCGGUAGCGCCCAACUCUCCCAAAUGGAACGCGAACGUUUGGAGAGGUUGGGAAUACCGCCGCCCCCGGGUGGCCCUGGGGGACCGCCCCCGGGCCACCCCCACCACCCUCACGCCGCCCAAUUAGAAGCCGAGCAGCGACUGGCCCUUGCGACGGACCCCAUGGUUCGACUGCAGAUGGCGGGCAUUUCGCCGGAAUACCACGCGCACACUCACGCGCAUACGCAUGCGCACACACACCUACACCUGCAUCCACAGCAGCAGGCGCAAGCGCAGCAGGAAGCUGCAGCUGCCGCAGCUGGAUUCCCGCUGCCAGCGUCCGGAGGUCCUGGGUAUCCUAGACCGGGCAUGAUGCCAAGCAGGGACGGACCCAUGGGGCUCCAUCAUCCUGACCUUUUGGGUAGGCCCUACGCUGACCAAUUGGCGCAUCAAGCUGCAGCACAUGAACAAUUACAAAGACAGAUGCUUUUGGAGAGAGACAGAUUUUCACAUCCCUCUAUAGUCGCGCAACAUGAAGAAUACCUCAGGCAACAAAGAGAACGUGAACUUAAAGUUCGAGCUUUAGAAGAAGCCGCCAGAGGGUCUAGGCAAUAAAAAGCGGUAAGUAAAAAAGAUUUGACUUAUUUUUUUACUAAAGGGAUUACCAAUAUGCGCUAUGGAAUUUUAAAGGUUUAUAAAACGAAAUUGAAUUUUUAUAAUAAUUAUAAUUAUAAUAAAGAAUUGAAUAUUUUCAUUGAAAAUCUAAGAUGUUGUUUUUACAAAAAAAAACAGUACUCUUUGUAUUUUUAUGAAAUAUUAUUUACAUACAAAAAAU